CCAAAAAAUAAAACAAACAAAAACAAAACAAAACAAAAAAACGAAAUAAAAGAAAAAGAUAAUAACUCAGUUCUUAUUUGCACCUACUUCAGUGGACACUGAAUUUGGAAGGUGGAGGAUUUUGUUUUUUCUUUUAAGAUUCGGGCAUCUUUUGAAUCUACCCUUCAAGUGUUAAGAGACAGACUGUGAGCCUAGCAGGGCAGAUCUUGUCCACCGUGUGUCUUCUUCUGCAGGAGACUUUGAGGCUGUCAGAGCGCUUUUUGCGUGGUUGCUCCCGCAAGUUUCCUUCUCUGGAGCUUCCCGCAGGUGGGCAGCUAGCUGCAGCGACUACCGCAUCAUCACAGCCUGUUGAACUCUUCUGAGCAAGAGAAGGGGAGGCGGGGUAAGGGAAGUAGGUGGAAGAUUCAGCCAAGCUCAAGGAUGGAGGUGCAGUUAGGGCUGGGGAGGGUCUACCCUCGGCCGCCGUCCAAGACCUACCGAGGAGCUUUCCAGAAUCUGUUCCAGAGCGUGCGCGAAGUGAUCCAGAACCCGGGCCCCAGGCACCCAGAGGCCGCGAGCGCAGCACCUCCCGGCGCCAGUUUGCAGCAGCAGCAGCAGCAGCAGCAAGAAACUAGCCCCCGGCAACAGCAGCAGCAGCAGCAGGGUGAGGAUGGUUCUCCCCAAGCCCAUCGUAGAGGCCCCACAGGCUACCUGGUCCUGGAUGAGGAACAGCAGCCUUCACAGCCUCAGUCAGCCCCGGAGUGCCACCCCGAGAGAGGUUGCGUCCCAGAGCCUGGAGCCGCCGUGGCCGCCGGCAAGGGGCUGCCGCAGCAGCUGCCAGCACCUCCGGACGAGGAUGACUCAGCUGCCCCAUCCACGUUGUCUCUGCUGGGCCCCACUUUCCCCGGCUUAAGCAGCUGCUCCGCCGACCUUAAAGACAUCCUGAGCGAGGCCAGCACCAUGCAACUCCUUCAGCAACAGCAGCAGGAAGCAGUAUCCGAAGGCAGCAGCAGCGGGAGAGCGAGGGAGGCCUCGGGGGCUCCCACUUCCUCCAAGGACAAUUACUUAGGGGGCACUUCGACCAUUUCUGACAGCGCCAAGGAGCUGUGUAAGGCAGUGUCGGUGUCCAUGGGCUUGGGUGUGGAGGCGUUGGAGCAUCUGAGUCCAGGGGAACAGCUUCGGGGGGAUUGCAUGUACGCCCCAGUUUUGGGAGUUCCACCCGCUGUGCGUCCCACUCCGUGUGCCCCAUUGGCCGAAUGCAAAGGUUCUCUGCUAGACGACAGCGCAGGCAAGAGCACUGAAGAUACUGCUGAGUAUUCCCCUUUCAAGGGAGGUUACACCAAAGGGCUAGAAGGCGAGAGCCUAGGCUGCUCUGGCAGCGCUGCAGCAGGGAGCUCCGGGACACUUGAACUGCCGUCCACCCUGUCUCUCUACAAGUCCGGAGCACUGGACGAGGCAGCUGCGUACCAGAGUCGCGACUACUACAACUUUCCACUGGCUCUGGCCGGGCCGCCGCCCCCUCCACCGCCUCCCCAUCCCCACGCUCGCAUCAAGCUGGAGAACCCGCUGGACUAUGGCAGCGCCUGGGCGGCUGCGGCGGCGCAGUGCCGCUAUGGGGACCUGGCGAGCCUGCAUGGCGCGGGUGCAGCGGGACCCGGCUCUGGGUCACCCUCAGCGGCCGCUUCCUCAUCCUGGCACACUCUCUUCACAGCCGAAGAAGGCCAGUUGUAUGGACCGUGUGGUGGUGGGGGCGGCGGCGGUGGCGGCGGCGGCGGCGGCGCAGGCGAGGCGGGAGCUGUAGCCCCCUACGGCUACACUCGGCCACCUCAGGGGCUGGCGGGCCAGGAAGGCGACUUCACCGCACCUGAUGUGUGGUACCCUGGCGGCAUGGUGAGCAGAGUGCCCUAUCCCAGUCCCACUUGUGUCAAAAGCGAGAUGGGCCCCUGGAUGGAUAGCUACUCCGGACCUUACGGGGACAUGCGUUUGGAGACUGCCAGGGACCAUGUUUUGCCAAUUGACUAUUACUUUCCACCCCAGAAGACCUGCCUGAUCUGUGGAGAUGAAGCUUCUGGGUGUCACUAUGGAGCUCUCACAUGUGGAAGCUGCAAGGUCUUCUUCAAAAGAGCCGCUGAAGGGAAACAGAAGUACCUGUGUGCCAGCAGAAAUGAUUGCACUAUUGAUAAAUUCCGAAGGAAAAAUUGUCCAUCUUGCCGUCUUCGGAAAUGUUAUGAAGCAGGGAUGACUCUGGGAGCCCGGAAGCUGAAGAAACUUGGUAAUCUGAAACUACAGGAGGAAGGAGAGGCUUCCAGCACCACCAGCCCCACUGAGGAGACAGCCCAGAAGCUGACAGUGUCACACAUUGAAGGCUAUGAAUGUCAGCCCAUCUUUCUGAAUGUCCUGGAGGCCAUUGAGCCAGGUGUGGUGUGUGCUGGACAUGACAACAACCAGCCCGACUCCUUCGCAGCCUUGCUCUCUAGCCUCAAUGAACUGGGAGAGAGACAGCUUGUACAUGUGGUCAAGUGGGCCAAGGCCUUGCCUGGCUUCCGCAACUUACACGUGGACGACCAGAUGGCUGUCAUUCAGUACUCCUGGAUGGGGCUCAUGGUGUUUGCCAUGGGCUGGCGAUCCUUCACCAAUGUCAACUCCAGGAUGCUCUACUUUGCCCCUGAUCUGGUUUUCAAUGAGUACCGCAUGCACAAAUCCCGGAUGUACAGCCAGUGUGUCCGAAUGAGGCACCUCUCUCAAGAGUUUGGAUGGCUCCAAAUCACCCCCCAGGAAUUCCUGUGCAUGAAAGCGCUGCUACUCUUCAGCAUUAUUCCAGUGGAUGGGCUGAAAAAUCAAAAAUUCUUUGAUGAACUUCGAAUGAACUACAUCAAGGAACUCGAUCGUAUCAUUGCAUGCAAAAGAAAAAAUCCCACAUCCUGCUCAAGGCGUUUCUACCAGCUCACCAAGCUCCUGGACUCCGUGCAGCCUAUUGCGAGAGAGCUGCAUCAGUUCACUUUUGACCUGCUAAUCAAGUCACACAUGGUGAGCGUGGACUUUCCGGAAAUGAUGGCAGAGAUCAUCUCUGUGCAAGUGCCCAAGAUCCUUUCUGGGAAAGUCAAGCCCAUCUAUUUCCACACCCAGUGAAGCAUUGGAAAUCCCUAUUUCCUCACCCCAGCUCAUGCCCCCUUUCAGAUGUCUUCUGCCUGUUA